UAAAUAAGGUGUCUUGCUCGGCUGAAAAUCAGUUCAGUAAUCGCGUUUGCAGUGAGAAAGUAAACAAAAUCAUGAAGUUCGUAUUAUUUAUCGCUGGAGUUGUACUCCUUCAAGUGACUGGCAGUCAAUGUCAUCACCCACCUCCUCCAGAGUUUCUUGAAUGUGCCAAAGAAGCAGGAAUAUCGGAAGACAUGCUAAAAGAUGGCCCUGUUGCCCAUAAAGGACAACCAGAAUUCAAGUGCCUUACCGCAUGUAUGAUGAAGAAGAAGGGUGAGUUGGAAGCAGGUAAUACGAUCAAUCUGGAUAAAUUAAAAGCAAAUCGGCCACCCAAAUACGCAGAUAAAUUCGCCGAAAUGGAUAAUGCCGAUCAAGAAUGUGCGGAUACAGCCAAGGGGAAUACAGAUGAGUGCGACUUUGCUAACGCAUUUAAGGAAUGUCUGCAUACUAAGUUUCCGAUUGGACCGAAAGGAGGCCAAUAAUGAGAGUCUUUAGAGACAGGAAAGAAAAAACUCCAAAAAGAUUAUCCUGAACAAAAGAAAGGUGUAGAAUUUGCUAAAUUACAUCUUGAAUAAAUAUUUUAAAUUAUUGUUACAUAUAUACAUGUAUCUAGAUUAGGGUGUACAAAUAAAGUAUAAUUUUGGAUUUUGAAAA